GAGUGUUUAUACAUUAUUUUUGAAGAUAUUCCAGAGAUGAAACGCUGGGCCAUGGCAUAGUUUAUUGGAAGAUCACAUCCAAACGAAAAUUAGAAUUGGCAGAGAGAAGACAUGGCUGAUUUCGUGACAUCUACUCAUAAAACCAAGUGGAUUUUUACUCCCCAAGAUAUUAAACACAAGUAUAAAGUUGCUAAUCACAGAGUGAAACAAGCACUAGAGAAGUAUGGAACAACGCGAAUGGAAGUUGAUAUUGAUGGGUCGUUCUCGUAUGCUGAAAUUCAAAAUGACGCAAAAGAUAGUGCUGAAAAGCGUCCUAAACCACUCAAGGUUGAAGAAGAACAACUUCUAAGGGCUUUCUACGAGUUCAAAAUUCAAGACGUCUGUGAUGCCUUUAAGUUCCCACGUAAGAUUCAGGCGACAGCUCUCAUUUAUUUUAAGAGGUUUUAUCUACAAUGGUCCGUGAUGGAACAUCACCCUAAAGACAUUAUGUUAACCUGCAUAUAUGCAGCUUGCAAGGCAGAGGAAAACCAUGUAUCAGCUGAGGAGCUUGGGAAGGGUAUUGGACAGGAUCAUCAUGUAAUCCUCAACAAUGAGAUGCUGGUUUUCCAGAGUCUAGGAUUUGAUCUAAUUGUUUAUGCUCCAUAUCGUGCUCUUGAAGGUUUUAUCAGUGAUUUAGAGGAGUUCUGUGGAGCUAAAGAUGAAGACCAGCUUGUGGCACUGAAGGGUUCACUUGAUACUGCUAGGAUUGAAGCAGAUAAGAUUAUGCGUUCUGAUGGACCACUUCUAUUCCCACCUGGGCAGUUGGCAUUGACAGCUUUGCAUAGAGCUAACGCAGCGCAUAGCAUAUUUGAUUUUGAGAGGUACCUAAGAAGUGUCCUAUCACAUUAUCAGCCAGCUCAUGCCAUUUCAGAACUUACUGGUUCUAUAAAUGCCAUUGAUUCUUUGGUUGGCAAACUUUUGACUCCGACUUCCAAAGAUGUGAAGCACGUUGAUCGGAAACUCAAAUCAUGUCUUGAUCCGGGUUCACAUGACAAGAGUAAAAAAAGGAAGCAUAGGUCCAAAGAUGGCUCACAUGAGGCUACAGACAUAUCUUGAACUGCUCUAACUCAAGUUUGUAGCUUCAAAGCAUAUCUUAUUUGGCCAGUGGAAAUAGUGUUUCUCAUUGCUGCUCAUCAGUUUCCUAAUAUAGAACAAAAAUUCAAGCUAGACUGGAAUACAUUGUCUACAACAUCUGCAUCAGGUUGAGAGUAGAAGUAGAGGCGGGUAGAGGAUGUAAGAUCACAAAUUUCUCAAGACUCUUUUUUUUCUUAAAUUUUGUACUAUGAAAUCAAUUAGUGUCAAAUUAGUUGGGACGACGGCAAUAGUAGUUUAAAC